UCCUCGCGGCCCCCCAUGGCAGGGGCGAUGGCGAGCAGUAUGACUUUCGCUCCUCCCCCUCCUCUGCUGCUUCUGCUCUCCUCCUGCUCCUCUCCUUUUCCAUACAAGUCUGCUCCAUCCCUCUCGGCAAAGAGUUUCUCUCAGCAUUCCUCGGCUCCUGGUGUGACUUCACUUGCUAUGGCAGCAAAGUCCAAGGGAUCCUCCUCCUCGUUCAAAGGUUUUGGUAGUGUUCCCACUGAGCUCCUUGGCCGAACCCCGGAAGACAGUGAAAGCUGCGCUUGCUGCUCUGGAGCCUCAUACGGAGAGUGCUGCAAACAGAUCCAUGAUGGGGUCAGAUGGCCUUCAACUCCUCUUGAGAUGAUCAGGAGCAGGUACUCAGCUUAUGCGUAUCGUCUUCCCACAUGGAUUAUGGAUUCAACCCAUUCAACUAAUCCCGACUGGCGAUCUCAGAGGAACAAGUGGCGCAAUGAACUUUUAGGCUUCUGCGACGGUUUCGACUUUGUCCGUUUGGAGAUCCUGAAGGAGGAGGGAGGGCAAGACAGUGACGAGCAUUUCAUCGAGUUCAUCGCUAGGCUCAGAGCUAAGGAGAAGGCACCUGAGAAUGCUCCCAAGGGAGUGAAACAAACACUUCGACGAGUUAAACUCCAUGGAGCUUCCGAUUCAUCGUCCGCCGAUUUCAGGUUGGCUUGUCUAAUUUGUGAAGGAGGAUGGCAAGUGGUUCUACGCCUCGGGUGACGUCGACUUCGACCCCGAG